GCUCCCUGCCUGACGCUGCAGCGUGUACUCGGGGACAGCCGGGCAGAAUAUUACACCCCUCCCUUUAUACGGAGUAUUGUGUAUAACAGUAUACAGCUAUGUGUGUGACAGCUAGGGGCCCAUGGGGAGACCUGAUUAGGCACCAGCAGAUUUAUUACCACCCUGAUUCCUUAUGCCCUAGGUCUGAAGCCGGAGAUGUUUCUGGUGCAGAAAGAGAUCUACAAGUGACAAGUGAUGAGGCUGAGAAUGAUGGUACUUCUUUGCAGCUGGAUGAAAAGCAAGGAGAUGAUGAGGAGAAUCCAGUGGUAACUAGCAGUCGUAGCCGGGGCCCUGUCUCCUCUGCGGCUAGUAUUGACAGCUCAGAUUUGUCCCAAGACAUGGAGAAUCUGUCAGAGCUGGGUGACACUGGGGUUGUGACCUCCUCCCCAUACUCCUCUCUCCAGCAGUUCAGCAAGCAGUUCGAUACUAAUGAUGAGGAGGGGGAAGGAGAACCCACUGAGGAACAGAAAAAUUAUGAUGACGAUGAAGAAGAGUCAGAACUGGUGGUUUUGGAUCCAGAGCAUCCGCUGAUGACAAGAUUUCAAACCGCUCUCAAGAAUUACCUCUCCAAACAGAUACAAAGCCUGGACUUGGAGCUGCGUGAGAUGAGCACAUCUAUGAAGAAAAAUAAAAGUGAACGUGAGGAUCUUGGUGUGAUCCUUUAUGGCAUACAGCAAGAAUUGGCUCGUCUACAGAUGGGACUGGAGCAGCAACAUGAUAAACAUUCUCAGGUCUCCACCCUGCGUCGGCAAAUGGAAGAGGAGCUGCAAAGCAUCAGGAAUUUGUAUAAGAAAACCCACCAGACUACAGACAAGGAGCGUAAGAUGAUGACUUCUAUGCAAACAGAGGUUGAGAACUUGGCAUUGCGUUUAUUCUAUAUGGAGAAUAUGAACCGCGAUGUGCGCUCAGACAUCUCAGUGAUGAAACGCGCUGUUCAAAAGGCUGAUGCAGAGAAGAUUCAGGCCGAGGUGGAAAAAAAGAAACAGGAUAUGUUUGUGGAUCGACUGACACAGGAAGCUGACCGGCUGCGGGAGCAGAUUGCUUUGUACGAAUCCCAAAUUUCUGCUCAGAGAGAAGACACAAAAGCUGUCCGAGAAGCAGUGUCAGAGGCCAACAUGGAAAUUGACACAAUUGGUCUUGAAAAGAGGCAUCUUCUACAGCAGUGGAAUAGCAGCCUAAUUGGGAUGACAAGACGGGAUGAAGCCUAUGCUGCUGUACAGGAAGCUCUAAGUUUGGCGCAGCAAGAACUUCAGUCUAUGGACACAGAAAUAGAGGGCUACAAGAAGUCUGUUACAAAGGAAGAGGAAAAAAAUGAGAAACUGGCUUUUAUGAUUAACCGUGCAGAGAGCGAUGCAGCCAUGGUCAAGAAGCUGAUUACUCAGUGUCAAGCUCGACAGGAAGCUUUGAGAGUGGAGUUCAGCACAUACAUGCGUACUUUAGAGGAGACUGAGCAAGCACUAAGCAGGGUCACCACAGAACGUGCUGGAUAUUUGAGUAAGGUGGCCAUACUACGGAAGCAUAUUGAAAAGGAAUCCCAAAUAAAGGGAGCUCUGGAAACUCAAAUAAUGGAAAAGCUUCAGGAGAAGAUGACAUCUGGCAAAGCAGCUAAAUAUUCCUCUCAUCUGACCAAGAAGCUACACAGAAGGAAGCUAGAACUGGAGCUAGAGUAUUCUAAAAUGGAGAAUGAGACUGCUCAGGUCCAGCUGGAGAUUAACCACAGCUCAUCGCAUGUCCAGACUCUACAGAGGAACGUGGCUGAACUGGAGAAGAAGAUUCAGGCCACAAAUGAGCUGAUCUCUCGCAGCCAGAGUGAAAUUGCCAAGCGCACCAUAGCUAUUGAGAGGAAGCAAUCCAACAUUAAUUUAUACAGCAAGCAGAUAGAGUCAACUCUUGCACAGAUUGGGGGCAAAGAGCUUGGACCUCUGGAGAUCCAGAUCACUGCACUGACCAAGCAAAUAGAGGAAUGCAAUUCAGACAUUGUGUCAGUUCAGCAGUAUUGGCUCCGCCUGCAGACAGAGAUGGUCAGGCUGACCAAUCAGAGGGAAGAGCAGGAUGCUUCAGUAGAGAUGUUGAAGAAAGAGCUGACUAUAUUGCAGCAGAGAAAAAUUCGUACAGAGAAUGACAUCGAACAAGAGAAGAAUGAGCAGAAGGAUAUUGAAAAUCACAUGAAGAACUUGAAAAAUGACAUGCUGCGUCUGAACCUGCUGCUGAGCAAGAACGCAAGCUCUAAGGAACAGUUACAGCAGCACAACCAGUUGAUGGAGAGCGAGUUUAUGCGAGCUCUGCGGGAGGCAGAGAGAGAGUCAAUUGAGAUGCAGGAGAAUGUGGGAAACCUACAAGAGGAGAAGGAAAGACUCUUGCACAGCCUAGUGGAGACAGAGCAUCAAGUCAUGCUUUGGGAAAAAAAGAUUCAACUGGCAAAGGAGAUGCGAAACACAGUGGACUCAGAGGCUGGCCAAGGAGAGAUCAGUGCAAUGAAAGCAGAGAUCCAUCGCAUGCAGGUUCGACAUGCACAGCUUAUGAAACAUCAAGAGAAAAUGGUCUGUGAUAUGGAAGCCGUGAUUGCUCGGCGAGAGACCAUCGUGAUGCGGGGAAAGAAUCAGAGUGAGAAGGACAAGAAGCACCCCACAGCAAGCGACUUUCGUGGGAAGCUGCAAGAACUAUUGAAGAAAAUAAAAGAAAUCCAGAAGAACACUGAAGAAUACAACAACACCCUCUCUGACCUUGACGAUGAUCAGAGGUCACUCAGCGAGGCCAUUGCAGAGAAACAGCACAACAUCUCCAGCCUGAAACUGGACACCAGCUCCAUGGAGACUGACAUUGAACAGCUACAAGAAAAGAAGCGCCAGAAUCUGUCACAGAUUGUGGCCUUCCAGACUCGUAUGAAGCAUUUGCAGGCUGUAAAAGAUGGAAAAUACACUGCAGUUUUCAGCAAUCCACAAGCAUUGGAAGCAGAACAGCAGAAACAAGAAGCUCGCAUACACACAGUCAGCACCAUCAUUCACCAGAUCCAGCAGGAGUAUCCCGAGUACCAGAGUGCCCUGCGCAGCAUUAGUCUUGCCCUGGAAGCAAGGCUCGGACCCCAGGAAAAUGCCACGGAGAGGGCACCGUGAAUCAUAUCACCUGCAUACUCUACCUAGAAGUGAAGAACAGCUGAUAUCUGCUGGCUAUACCCACAUUACAUGGCUUCUGAAACUCACAAUGCUUUACAGUCUGUUUAUGUAGGUUGUACUUUCACCUAAUAAUUAUGAUAUGUUUAUACUUUACAAGGAAAAAGUAGACAUUAUUUUGAAUAUUCUGUAUUUGCAGUUCUGUACAACAUGGGAAAUUAUAAUACAGUAAAACAUACACUGAAACAAGA